AUGGAUAACUCUCAGAAGAUCGAUGUCUACGCCGCGAGGCUCAAUACACGGACAAAAUCGAACGUGGCCACGGAACUCCGCGACUCUAUCGAAUCUCUAUGUACGCCCUCCAGCGUCUAUACAAAGUUCUUGACCAGGUUAUGGCCUGUCUUCAAGAAGAUUCUGGAGGGGAAACCAGACCACAACCCGACCUCCUUCGAACACAUCCUCCGGAACCAGAUUCUCGAGAUCCUUCACAGACUACAACAUCAGCUGCGGGAGGUUGAACCCUUUGCGCUGGACAUGGUAGAAACCCUGAUGGAGCUGGUGAGGGUGGAAAAUGAAGACAAUGCCGUCCUGUGUCUGAAGACGAUAAUGGAUCUUGAGCGACACCAACCAAAUGCCACCGCUUCGAAGGUCCAACCGUUCCUUGACCUCAUUCAAGAGAUGUUCGAGUUAAUGGAACAGGUGGUCCGUGACACCUUCGACUCACCCGUGCCCCAUCACCAAGCUUCAUCCUCGACGUCUAUGCCCCAGAGCCAGACCUUCCAGUCCCCACGCCCUGGCUCGCCUGCGACAACGGUGUCGGAUCCAGGGGUGGAAAAGAAGGAGCACGCGCCGCUAGCGAAGGGUAUGCAAUCCUUUAAGGUUCUUUCAGAAUGUCCCAUCAUUGUCGUUUCCAUAUUCCAAGCGCAUCGGACCUCGGUCUCUGCCAACGUCAAGAAAUUCGUGCCUUCCAUUAAGGGCAUUCUAUUGCUACAGGCCAAAGCGCAAGAAAAAGCACACGCGGAUGCGGCGGCAAACAAGACCAUAUUUACUGGUGUCAGCAAAGAGAUUAGAAACCGUGCCGCUUUCGGUGACUUCAUCACGGCUCAAGUCAAGACCAUGAGUUUCCUGGCGUAUCUUCUCCGGGUAUACGCAAAUCAGCUGACAGACUUCUUACCAACCCUUCCUGGCGUGGUUGUGAGGUUAUUGAAAGACUGUCCAAAGGAAAAGUCUGGUGCGCGCAAAGAACUACUGGUUGCGAUACGGCACAUUAUCAAUUUCAACUAUCGCAAAAUCUUCUUGAAUAAAAUUGACGAGCUGCUGGACGAACGGAUCCUCAUUGGUGAAGGCUUGACCGUGUAUGAGAGUAUGCGUCCGUUGGCAUAUAGUAUGCUCGCAGAUCUCAUUCAUCAUGUGCGGGACUCGUUAGAUCGCAAUCAGAUACGGCGCACAAUCGAAGUGUACACGAAGAAUCUUCACGACAACUAUCCCGGUACAAGCUUCCAGACCAUGAGUGCGAAAUUGCUGCUCAAUAUGGCCGAAAGCAUCACCAAGCUAGAGAACAAGGAAGAGGCGAGGUAUUUCUUGAUCAUGAUUCUCGACGCAAUCGGCGACAAAUUUGCUGCGAUGAAUUAUCAGUACGAGAACGCUGUGAAGCUGAGCCGCCAAUACGGAGACAAAUUAAAAGAGAAUCAACCAGAGACAUACAUGGAUGACAAAGACGAGGUUCCGGACUGGGAUGAAGUGGACAUUUUCAACGCCACUCCAAUAAAGACGUCAAAUCCACGAGAGCGAGGCGCUGACCCAGUGAACGAUAACAAAUUCCUCCUCAAAAACCUUGUCAACGGCCUGAAGAAUAUGUUCUGGCAGCUGAAAACAUGCAACCCUCCGGGACUGAACAUAGACCCAGCCCACGUGCCCUCCAACUGGUCCGAAGUGUCUUUUGGGUACAACGCUGAAGAGACACGUGUGAUCACUAAGCUCUUCCACGAAGGCGCACGGGUUUUCCGAUACUACAGUGCAGGAGCGCCAGCACCAAAUGCGCAUAAUAUCCCUCCCGUGGACCUUAUAGCAAGCCACACAAUGGGGCAAAUGGGCACAGAAGAGAAGGAUUUGUUGGAGGCCUUUGGGACCGUCUUCCAUUGCAUCGAUCCAGCCACCUUUCAUGAAGUCUUCCAAGCUGAGAUUUCUUACCUUCACGAGUUGAUGGCUGAACACCCGGCCUUGCUACAUCUCCCUCAAUUCUUCCUUGCCAGCGAGGUUACAUCACCAAUUUUUGCAGGAAUAGUCUUACAAUACCUCGUGACCAAGUUGCCCGUGGUUGGAUCGUCAGACAUUGUCCGAUCGUCGAUACUGUUGAGGAUGUUCAAGCUGUCAUUCAUGGCCGUGACGCUUUUCUCCGCAAACAACGAGUCGGUUCUGCUUCCGCAUGUUACGAAGAUCAUCACACAAUGUGUGCAGAUGUCGGUAACGGCAGAGAAGCCUAUGCAUUACUUCAUUCUUCUUCGGUCCCUGUUCCGAAGUAUUGGUGGAGGGCGCUUCGAACUCCUUUACAAGGAUGUCCUUCCGCUACUCGAAAUGCUCCUGGAAACUUUUAAUCACCUUCUCCAAGGAGCUCGAGAUCCUCACAACCGCGAUUUACUCAGUCAUUUGUUACCGCAUCUCAGCCAUUUGAUGAGACCCUUGGUUGUGGCUCUUCACGCCGGCCCCGAUCUUGUUGGUCAGGGGCUUAGGACACUCGAACUUUGCGUUGACAAUCUCACAGCGGAUUAUCUAGACCCGAUAAUGGCACCAAUUAUGGAUGAUCUGAUGAUGGCCUUGUUUCAGCAUGUGAGGCCUCAGCCGUACCAUCAUUUUCACUCUCAUACGACAAUGCGCAUUCUCGGUAAACUUGGUGGACGCAGCAGGAAAUAUCUGACCAGUCCACAUCGCCUGGCCUUUCGGCGCUACACCGACGACGAACCUAGCUUCGACAUUCGACUUAUUGAGACCAGCCGAGAUCGAGCAUUCCCGUUGGAUGUUGGUGUUGAUCAAGCCAUCAGAAAACUCUCUGAGACGACCAAGAACACGAAUUCAAAGGCUUUGGACCUAUAUUACAAGCAGCAGUCGUUCAACUAUAUCAGCAACCAAGUGAAGUUGUUCAUCGGCCAAGACCAUCUUCCCGAUGAUCUCGCAACUCUCCUCCGUCUGCAGGCGAAUGACCUCCUUGCUCGGCGCUUCUCCACAUAUGCUGACAUGCUGACCGAGAACGAAUUUGGUAAAUCGGUGCAAAAGCGUCGAGAAGAGGAAGAGAACCUGAAGAAGCUCCUCAAGGCCUGCUUUAUUGCAACGACUGUUUCGGAUCUAAAAUCCCAAGCUGAAGCUUUCAUUCAGAGCGUCUCUCGCCACUUUACUAUCGUGGAACUUGGGCAGGCUCUAUGUGAUGCCGGCCGGAGAACCAAGGAAUUCAACGUCAACCUUGGUGAAGGUGCAGUGCAUCUCAGCACUCGCAUCCUAGCCGACGUUAUUUGCGACUGUCUGGCCUCAGACAACAUCGUUAUCCGCGAGGCUGCCGAAGCAUCAAUGCUGACCGUUGUGGAUACAGCCCGCACGAUUUUUGGUAGUGAGGAAAAGGCCGCCAAACUUCCUUUCUUCAGCCAUAUCACUCAGACAUUCUGCCACAGAUGCCGUGAGGUAGAGUGGUUCACCAAGGCUGGCGCUACUUUGGGAAUCCAAAUCUUGGUCAAGAAACUCAAUCUGGGAAAUGCCUUCCUCAACAGCAAGCAACUUGAGAUAAUCAAAGCUUUGCUCUUCGUGAUCAAGGACACACCUCAAGAAGUUCCAGCGACCACUCGCAAUACUGCCCAAGAGACACUGGAAUUUCUUCUACGGAAAUGCUGCGCUGGCCAAACCCGGGAGAUGCUCACAAACGAGAGGAGCACCAUUCAUGCCCUGUCUGUGACCUUUAGUCUCGAGCUGUCCCAUAUGAAUACACACGCGCGUGAGACAGCGCAACACGCCUUCUCGGUCAUGGCAGAGGUUGUGGGUGUUGAGGUGUAUGAACUGAUAGCCCCAGUCAAGGAAAGAUUUCUCCCCCCAAUCUUCAACAAGCCACUUCGGGCCCUCCCCUUCCUUUCGCAAACCGGCUUCAUCGACGCAAUCACCUACUGUUUGGGUCUGGGCCACGAUCUCGUCCCGUUGAACGAUCAGCUCAACCGACUUAUGAUGGAAUCACUGGCGCUUGCAGAUGCAGAUUCUGAGAUCCUGCACCCAAAACCGGAUGAAUACAACAACGCGCAGUUAAUUGUCAACCUACGUGUCUCAUGUCUUAGACUUCUCUCCCUGGCCAUGAGCUUGCCGGAUUUUGCGACCGGGCCACAGAAUUCCAGCCGAGCCAGGAUUAUUACUGUCUUUUUCAAACUGCUCUACUCGAAAUCACCCGAGAUCAUUGAGGCUGCCAAUGCUGGUCUGAAGGAAGUACUGGCCCAGACCUCGAAACUCCCAAAAGAUCUUCUCCAGAAUGGGCUCAGGCCUAUUUUGAUGAAUUUGCAAGACUCGAAACGACUCACUGUCGCUGGACUGGAAGGCCUUGCGAGAUUACUGACACUGUUGACCAAUUAUUUCAAAGUUGAAAUAGGCUCUCGGUUGCUUGAGCAUAUGAGAGUCAUUGCUGAUGAGCAGUUGCUGCAAAAAGUCUCCUUCGGGAUGAUUGAACAAAAUCCACAGAUGAAGAUCGUCACGGCGAUUCUCAAUGUUUUUCACCUCCUUCCCCCUGCAGCUACCAGCUUUAUGGGAGACUUGGUGAACGGCGUCUUGGAUCUGGAGUCAAAACUUCGCCGCACAGUGGCUAGCCCCUUCCGUCAACCGCUCAUACUUUAUCUCGACAAAUAUCCCAAGGAGACGUGGUCAUUCUUUCAACCGCGCCUACAAGAGGAGAAGUACGGGCGCUUUUUUGCGCAAAUCCUACGCUCGGAGUCUAGCCCUGCUAUUCGCGAUGCUGUCAUGAACGACACAGAAAACUUUAUUAAAGCUGCGUUCGAGAUCGAGGCUGCACAAGAGCGCCGCACCGCGGCAAUCAAUGGCAUCUACGUAGUACACUCAAUCUGCAGCUUUGAACAUGCCAGAGACUGGCUGCGCGAUCAGGAGCAGCUAAGAAACAAGGUCCUGAGUGCUGCCCUUGAAAUCGAGGGCGAACUCCGCCAAGAUCAUCUGCCGCCCACACAGCGCCUGCGUGCUGAGCAAACUGGAGAUCAAGUGAUGGAUGUCCUAACACAAUACCUGACAUCAUCUCCGGAUGAUCUCGACUUCAUGAUUGAGCUCUUUUCUUCGGCCGCACGGGGAACAAUAAAGACACCUUUGCAGCUGAUGAAAUAUAUCUUUCAUUCUGUCAUAGCUCAUGAAUCCGCAAGCCGUCGGUUCAAUAUCGUCGAGAGAUGUCUCGAGGUUUAUUCGCAAAAGGGCGAAUCUCACAAGUUGAAGACAUUUUUGUUGCACAAUGUGGUCAACCCCAUCAUGGCAAGAGAUGUUCAAAACAGCCGGAAAAAGGAUAGCAAGGCCGCUCCUCUGGCAGACAGCAAGCUAUUCAACAUGUUUUUAGAGCGUCUGUGGAAACCUGCCACUACCGAUGGCUCCGACGACUCAUCUCAGCCCGGUAUCGACCAUACUCGCAUGGAAGCCUUGCAGCUUUCUGCGUUUAUUUUGAAAUACCACAAGGAUGCUGUUUCAGAAGAUCGGAAAGACAUAAUCAAAUACUCCUGGACCUAUAUCAAGCUAGAAGACGUCAUCAACAAAUAUGCAGCCUAUGUCCUGAUCUGUUACUUCAUACGGUCUUAUGACACACCUCCAAAGAUCGCCGUGCAGAUAUACAAUCAGCUGUUGAAAGCUCACCAGAAUGAAGGCAAGGCUCUUGUCACCCAAGCUCUGGAAGUGCUGGCACCGGUGCUGCCCGCGAGAAUAGGCGCCAGUGCCAAUACGCCAGGAGACAAGAGAACUCCUUCCUGGGCUCGAUUACCGCGCAAAAUCUUAAACGAAGAGACAGGAAAUCUGCAGCAGGUUCAGAGCAUCUUCAACUUCAUUGUGCGCCAGCCUGACCUCUUCUACGAGUCGAGGGAGCUCUUCAUCCCAACGAUGAUCCAAAUGCUCCACAAACUUGCUCCUCCGAUAAACCCUUCCAACGAGAACAAGAAGCUUGCUUUGAACCUGAUUGCUCUGAUUCAGCAAUGGGAAAGUCGGCGUGUCUCUGCGGUAUCUCCUCCUCAGUCUGGGACUGAUUUGACGCCUUCACGCAAGAGAGAUGCGGCUGGGGAACAGAAGCUACCUCCACCACCAGCCAAGGAGAAAGGAGAAUACGUGAUUCCGCUUGAGCUUCGCACGGUUGUUGUCAAGUACAUGAUCAACUUCAUCACCUCUUUGUUGGAACGCUUCCCUGUGCCGGCUGCAGAGGUCAAGGCCAAGACUAGUCAGAAGGCUCAGCAGCAAAUUCUUUCGAACGAAAUGUGCAAAAAGGGCGUUGAGCUACUCCGGGAGCUGCUGGCUCCGAAUAUGUGGACAGACGUUGAUGUUGGCCUCUAUGAUAAGCAGCUCGAACCAAUACUGUGUCUAGAAAAGACUCCAGACUCGAAGCUCGACGAGAAACAGCUGACGAACAUGGUUAACGCCUUGCAAGUCAUGCGGAUCUUGUUGAGCACGAAGCCGAACGAAUGGAUUAUUGACCACAUGGAGAAGAUCCAGAAGCUGCUAGAGAAGCCCCUCAAAAUGGAAGAGCCUGAGAUCCAAGACUGUCUGCACCUAGUGACUGACCACGAUAAGUCUCCUCCGUUAGUCCGGCGAGUGCUCGAGGCCAUUCCAACUCAAAAGACGGAUGAUGCAGACGCAAUGGACUUGGACACCCCACCUUCGGAUUUCCCAACUCGGUAUUCCAAAAUCAUGGUUGGUGAGGCCUUGUCCAGUGGCAAUUACAUCUCUGGUAUCAAUAACCUAUGGACCCUUUCAUUGGUACGACCGGCCGACGUUGACGACCACAUCAACGGGGCGAUGAAAGCGUUUCAGCAGAAACUGGCCAAAGAACACAUUAACGCAUAUGUGAACCCGCCCGGGCCACCUCCCCCAGGUUGGCGUCUUGGUGAACCAUUGAUGGAUCCUUACGAGUUUGCGCUAGGCGUUGAUCUGAUCAAGAAAUCUAUUGAUAUCCUAUCAUCGCGCAUGGGUGAACUCAACGAGCAGCGGCGACCCUUCCUCAGUGUUUUGGCGUCACUUGUCGAGAAAUCUUUCAACGUCGAAAUGUGCAGCAAAGUGUUGGACAUGGUGGAGAAGUGGGUGUUCAAUUCGACCGAACCAUAUCCGACUCUCAAGGAGAAGACAGCCGUACUGCACAAGAUGCUCAUAUUCGAAAAGUGGCCCAAUCAAAAUCUCCUCGAACGCUUCCUUGAGCUCGUGAUUAAGAUCUACGAAGACCCGACGGUAACGCGAACGGAGCUGACAGUGAGACUGGAGCACGCUUUCUUGAUUGGAACUCGUGCCAAAGACGUCGAGAUGCGAAACCGCUUCAUGAACAUAUUCAACCGUGCUCUGUCCAAGACUGCCAGCUAUCGACUCAACUACGUGUUGACCCUGCAGAAUUGGGAUACAUUGGCCGACUCAUUCUGGUUGAAGCAAGCCUCACAUCUCAUCAUGGGCUCCGUCGAAAUGUCAAUGCCUGCUCGCCUACAUCCAGAAGAUGUUCGCGUUUGUCCGAUGUCCCAGUUGUUCAAUGCCAAUCUUGUCAAUCCCGAACAACGAAAAGACGAUAUAAUUAUCGAGGAUAGCCUUGACGCCCUGGUUGUUGCACAACGUCGCUUCAACCAAGAAAUCCAUGAAGUCAAAGUUCGUGACCUACUUGAACCGCUCACUCAAUUACAGCAUAUCGAUGACGACGUUGCAUUCAAUGUCUGGGUCAAAUUGUUCCCUCUCUGUUGGUCUGCUCUUAACAGGGAUGAGCGCCUUGACCUCGAGAAAGGGAUGGUGACCCUACUUACCCGAGAAUAUCACCAGAGGCAGCUGAACCUCCGUCCUAAUGUUGUUCAAGCAUUACUUGAGGGAGCGGUUCGAGCUAAACCACGGUUCAAGGUGCCUCCACACGUCAUGAAGUUUCUGAGCAAAACUUAUGAUGCUUGGUACACUGCUCUUUUCUCGCUCGAAGAAUCUACCAUUGACCCACUGAUUGACACUCCUGCGGUUCGCGAAAGCAACCUUGAUGCCCUGGUGGAAGUUUACGCCGGGCUGCAAGAGGAUGAUCUGUUCUAUGGAGCGUGGAGAAGACGGUGCAAGUUUAUGGAAACGAACGCUGCUCUCUCUUACGAGCAGCAUGGGAUCUGGGAUAAAGCACAACAGCUUUGGGAGUCGGCACAAGUCAAAGCGCGAACUGGCGUUGUGCCGUUCUCUCAAGGAGAAUAUUACUUAUGGGAAGAUCACUGGAUGAUCUGCGCUCAGAAACUCCAGCAGUGGGAUAUCUUAGGCGAAUUUGCAAAGCACGAGAAUUUCAACGAUCUACUUCUCGAAUCAGCCUGGAGGAACUAUGAAGCUUGGUCUGGCGAAGAAAACCGAAAUCAGCUGGAUGCGAUGAUCAAGUCCGUCUCCGACGCUCCAACACCUAGACGAACCUUUUUCCAGGCAUUCAUGGCGCUACUACGAUACAGCUCUAAACAGAUGUCGCGGGCGGAAUUCCAACAUGCCUGUGACGAAGCCAUUCAGCUCUCCAUGCGCAAAUGGCAUCAACUUCCCAAGCGUCUAACAAAUGCCCAUGUCCCAAUCCUGCAAAACUUUCAGCAGUUGGUCGAGCUCCAUGAUGCCAGCGUUAUCUGCGACAGUCUCAUGGGCACCAACGAGCGGAAUCUUGAUACCAAAUCACAAGAAGUCAAAUGCCUCCUACAGGCUUGGCGAGACCGGUUACCAAAUAUCUGGGACGACAUCAACGCGUGGCAAGACCUGGUCACCUGGCGUCAACAUGUCUUCCAACUUGUGAAUUCGACUUACUUGCCCCUUCUCCCUCAAGGUGGUAACAGUGGUGGCAACAAUUCAUAUGCCUUUAGAGGCUAUCACGAAACAGCUUGGAUUAUAAACAAAUUUGCUCACGUCGCAAGAAAACACCAGAUGCCUGAAGUCUGCAUCAACCAACUUGGCAAAAUCUACACGUUGCCCAACAUUGAGAUACAGGAAGCCUUCCUUAAACUGAGAGAGCAAGCCAAAUGCCAUUACCAGAACAAGGCAGAGCUCAAUAACGGUCUCGACGUAAUCAACAACACCAAUCUUAACUAUUUCGGUGCACACCAGAAGGCCGAGUUCUAUACGCUCAAAGGCAUGUUCCUGGCCAAGCUUCAGCAUGCGGAAGAAGCGAACGAAGCAUUCGGUGUAGCUCUCUACUACGAUCUUCGACUUCCAAAAGCUUGGGCAGAAUGGGGCCAGUAUUCCGAUCGUAAGUUUAAGGAGAACCCAUCGAAUAUCGAGGCCGCCAGUAAUGCCGUCAGCUGCUAUCUCGAAGCAGCAGGUCUGUACAAGAGUGCCAAGUCAAGGAAGAUGCUCAGUCGAGUAUUGUGGUUGCUUAGUCUUGACGACGAAGAAGGUCACAUCGCAAAGGCUUUUGAAGACUUCAAAGGCGAGACGCCAGUAUGGUACUGGACUACGUUUGUACCUCAACUACUCAGCAGCCUUGAGCACAAAGAGGCGCGGCUUACCAAAUCUGUAUUGGUGAAGAUCGCCAAAGCGUUCCCACAAGCGUUGUUCUAUCACCUACGUGCAACCAGAGAAGAUUUCUUGAGCAAGAAAAAACAGUACGAGUCCCAGAAAGCCAAGCUGCAAAAGAGUCAGGAGGAGAAGAAGGAACCUGGCUCGCGACCGGGCACAGCCAACGGCGAAGCUCAGACAAAUGGGUCCUCGUCUCCCAAACCUAAACAAGAGCCUGAUACAGACAGCGCCGAGCCGAGCGGCACUGAAGCUGGCAAGAAACCCGAGGAGCCCAAACGGCCGUGGGACUAUACCGAUGAGAUCAUGGCUGGCCUAAAGACUGCUUUCCCUCUGCUGGCGCUUUCAAUGGAAACGAUGACAGAUCAAUUGUCGAAGCACUUCAAAUGUCCGCCUGACGAGGAUGCACAUCGACUGAUUGUUGCACUGUUGAAUGAUGGGUUACACUACAUCAGCCGGGCGCCUAUGACCUAUGCCGAAGGCGCCAAAUUACCUCCUCAGACGGAAGCCAACGUUGCCCGAUUCGUGCAGGCUGUUCUUCCAGCCCACAUCCGCAAGUCGUUCGAGGCGGACUUCGUCCAAACCAAACCCACGAUGUAUGAGUAUAUCCACAAGCUAAGGAGGUGGCGGGACAAGUUCGAACAAAAGCUCGAUCAUAGGCAGCAGUGGGCUCCGUUAGAGUCCUACAGUCAUCACCUAAGCGAGUUCAAAUUCCUCAAGUUCGAUGACUCAGUGGAAAUCCCGGGACAAUAUCAACAACACAUAGACACGAACACCGACUUUGUCCGCAUUGAGCGCUUUAUGCCAACGGUCGAGCUCGUGAGAGGAAACAGCAUCUGCCACCGCCGCCUAACGAUUCGUGGCCACGACGGUUCUUUACAUCCCUUUGCCGUUCAGCAUCCCACAGGUGGCAGAGUCCGUCGCGAGGAACGAAUUGUACAACUGUUCCGGAUCUUUAAUCAGACAUUGGCCAAGCGCAAGGAGUCUCGUCGCCGAAAUCUAUAUUUCCACUUACCUAUCUUCGUGCCGAUAGCACCACACAUUCGACUGGUACAAGAUGAUGCCACGUAUGUAACACUUCAAUCCGUGUAUGAAGACCAUGUUCGGAAACUUCCUCCCAACACCAUGUCUCGAGAUGAGCCAAUCCUUUUCGUCCUUGAGAAAUCACGCACCAUUGCCGAGCAGCAGAAGACGAAUCCCAGAACACCUGAACAGGUUGCCAUCAUGAAGACCGAGAUCUUCACCACUAUUCAGGAAAGGUGGGUUCCAAACACCAUCGCAUUGAGGUAUUUCCAAGCGACCUAUCCCUCCUUCGAAGACUUCUGGCUCUUCCGGCGGCAGUUCAGUUAUCAGUUUGCGGCCACCACGUUCAUGACAUACAUAAUGCACAUGUCUGCACGGUAUCCCAUGAAAUUCUCGAUUGCUCGGGCAACUGGGGAUAUCUGGGCAACUGAACUCUUACCCAACCUCAACUCAAGUCGAGCACUGUUCUAUAAUCCCGAACAGGUGCCCUUCCGGUUGACUCCCAACUUACAGACGCUCAUGGGACCUCUGGGUGUCGAAGGCAUCUUUACAGCAAGCUUAAUGGCGAUCGCACGGUGCCUUGCUGAGGCCGACAAUGGAUACCAAAUGGAGCAGCAGCUUGCUAUCUUCGUCAGGGAUGAGAUGUAUAAUUGGGCUGCUGGACGGCCUCAAUCUAGCGGAAGUGGUGGUCCAGGAGGGGAUCAAAAAAUGGAAGGAUCACACCUGAGGGAGCUGGUGGCAAUGAACGUCGAAUUCAUCACCCGUCGCGCUCUUACGUUAGCCAAGACGCAGGGUAGCGUCGGUGUACCUUCGGCCUCUUCUUCGGGAGCACAAGGUUCCAAUGUCAAUGGCACCGGUUCUGGAGGAGAGGGAAGUGCAGGCAGUGCCGCUGCCGCCGCGGCAGCGGCGAACGCCAUUCCCACGGGCGUCACCGGCGUACUCCCUGCGUGCCAGAAUGUGGUGGACCUGGUUAGCAAGGCGACCGAUCCCACGAGACUCAGUGGGAUGGAUGGGCUGUGGAUGCCUUGGCUCUAA